GGGUUGCCGAGGAAUAGGGGUUGCAGAAGGUGUUGCUAUCGUCACGUGUUCCGCAGAGGUGGUGUGCAAGGGCCGACGCUGUGUGCAAAACAGUGACAUUGUGGCCAUGUCUCCAUCGGAUGUGCCUACUACGAAUGAGGAGUGGGAGGACAUAAUGUUCAUGCUCGUUUUCCUCAUGACCCAGUGGGUGAAUAGGCGCAAUGCUGUGGCCAUGGCCAUUCUUGAAGCAGUCGCCAUCACCCCGUUCAUGUUUCGGGAUGUGUCGGGGGCGCUGACGAUGCUUGCAGGGGGGGUGGUUCACGGCAUGGCCUUGAGCUUCUUCGCAACACAGGAGUUGGGAAGACACAUGAACUGUCGGAGAAGGCGGGUGUGGAUGCUGCAGCACAACGGAGGUCUGUGGAAGGACCUGCAAAGGGUGGGUGCGGAGCACGACAAGGUGUUCGUGCGGUUCUGCAGAUUACCAAGACCUCUGUUUUUGCAAGUUCUCCAGCGCAUCACCCCCCAUAUUCAGCGCUCACCUACCAACUUUCGGUUGCCUCUACCGGCCGGACAGAAGUUCGCUUGCGCACUGAUCCGAUGGGCGACGGGCGGGUACUAUCGGCAAUCGUCCCACAGUUUGGGUAUGGGCCUUGCCAGUGCGGUGAGAAGCAACGAGGACGUCGCAGAUGCUAUCCUCCACGAGUACGGACACCUGCACCAAUUCCCCACAGGGAGGCAUUUGGAAGAGGUCCAGAACGCUUUCGAGGCGAAGGGGUUUCCCGGAUGUGUGGGGGCCAUCGACUGCACACACGUGUACAUUGACAAGCCGAAGGGCACGCUGUCAGAGUGCUACUAUCAUCACACUGGAGACUUCUCUGUCGUCGCCCAGGUGGUGUGUGAUAGCGAGUGCAGAAUUCUCAGCGUGUAUGUCGGUUGCCCUGGUUCCGUGCACAACUCUCAUGUGUUGCGUAUGUCACCGCUGUACCACAACACCAUGGCAGGCAGAGGUGUGUUAUGCGAAGGUGGAGCUAUCCUGCAUGACGGGACACACGUGGGUCGUUACCUGCUUGGAGAUGCCGGUUACCCCAUUCUCCCGUGGAUCGUGACACCUAUGGGAAGAUUUGCCAGAACUGAUGCAGAUCGCACUUACGACGGAUGUCACUCGACGGUGAGAUCCUGUAUAGAGCGGACAUUUGGACGUUUGAAGACCGUGUGGAGGAAUUUCAUCCGCACUCUGAUCGCGAAUUUGGAGACGCUGCGCAAGGAAUUCAUGGUUGUGUGCAUACUACACAACCUCAUGAUUGAGCACAGGGUGGAGAUCGACCCGGAGCUGAUGAACGACAGUAGCGACAGCGAGGGUGAUGGGCAGCCACGCAACCCCCGUCGACGCCGGCGCUGCAACCGCCGAUUUCUACGUCACCUUCCUGAUCUGAACAUCGAAGCCGUGCUGGAGAUUGAUUCGACUUACGGCUCCGACCUCGGCGCGAGGGUCAGGGCUGCCUUGAUCGGACACGUGGCCCAUCAUGUGGAUGUUCAUGGUGCGCCGCCACCAUGUCCGUGGAGAUAGCGCAAUUGGCGAUGUGUGUGUGUGUGUGUGUGUGUGUGUGUGUGUGUGUGUGUGUGUGUGUGUGUGUGUGUGUGUGUGUGUGUGUG